AUGGAGCACAAGAACGAUAAGGUUACUGCCAGCAUGGCACGGCCAGGCGAGGAGACAGACAUCGGUUCGGCCGAUGAGCUGCUUGGAUCGCUGGGGUACACCCCCGAACUCUCGCGUAACCGAUCGACACUCCAGGUCGCGUUUAUGUCCUUCGUGUUGGCUUCCAUUCCCUAUGGGUUGGCAACGACAUUGUACUACCCGCUUGUCGGUGGUGGCCCGGUCGACAUCAUCUGGGGAUGGGUUGCAGUCUCGCUUAUCAUCAUCUGUGUUGCGGCAUCGCUGGGUGAGAUCACGUCUGUGUACCCCACGGCCGGAGGCGUCUACUACCAAACCUGGAUGCUAUCGCCGCCCAAGUGGCGUCACAUUGCGGCAUGGACCUGCGGUUGGCUGUAUGUCGUUGGAAACAUCACCAUUACGCUGGCCGUCAACUUCGGAACGGCACUCUUCUUGGUCGCCUGCGUCAAUGUCUUUGAGACUGCCGAAGGCGAGGGUGUCCUUGCCGGUGAGACCUACGAGGUCUUCCUCAUCUUCUUGGGCUUGACACUUCUGUGUAAUGCAGUGUCGUCCCUCGGCAACAGAUGGUUGCCUAUCCUCGAUACUUUCGCAAUCUUCUGGACAUUUGCCGGCGUGAUUGCCAUCAUGGUCUGUGUUCUGGCCAUUGCCAAGAACGGCCGCCGGGAUGCUUCCUUCGUCUUCACCCACUUCGAAGCCAGCUCCGGCUGGACUCCUGGUUGGUCAUUCAUGAUUGGUCUGUUGCACGCAGCCUACGCAACCUCGUCAACAGGCAUGAUUAUCUCCAUGUGCGAAGAAGUGCGAGCGCCUGCCACGCAGGUCCCGAAAGCCAUGGUCAUAACUGUCUGCAUCAACACAGUCGCCGGAUUGAUGUUCAUGCUCCCCCUGGUCUUCGUCCUACCCGAGAUCAGUGAUCUUGUUGCUCUUUCGUCCGGUCAGCCGGUGCCGACCAUCAUCAAGAGCGCUGUUGGGUCAUCUGGUGGCGCAUUCGGUCUGCUCAUCCCGCUGAUCGUAUUGGCCAUGAUCUGUGGUAUCGGCUGUACUACUGCUGCCUCGCGCGCCAUCUGGGCAUUCGCCCGUGACGGUGCCGUGCCCGGUUCCAAGUUGUGGCGAAAGGUCAACACCAAACUGGACGUGCCGCUGAACGCCAUGAUGCUCAGCAUGGUAGUUCAGAUCAUUCUCGGCGUCAUCUACUUCGGAUCAACGGCCGCCUUCAACGCCUUCUCCGGUGUUGGUGUCAUCACACUGACGGCCGCGUACGCCGUUCCCAUCGCUGUCAGCUUGCUCGACGGCCGUAAGACGGUCAAGACCGGCAGCUUCUACCUCGGCAAGAUCGGAACUUUUGCGAACAUUAUUUCGAUAGGCUGGUCCCUCCUCGUGAUCCCCCUGUUCUGUAUGCCCUCCGUCAUCCCCGUCGAGGCCGCGACCAUGAACUACGCCUCGGUGGUGUUUUUCGCAUUCACCGCCAUCUCGAUCGCAUGGUACGUUGCAUGGGGCCGCAAGCACUAUGCCGGCCCCCCGACAUGA